GCAUGGGAAUGGGAAAAUCUGGUGGGAAUGGCCUGGGAAUGGGAAAAUCCAGUGGGAAUGGCAUGGGAACUGGUGGGAAUGGCACAGGAAUGGGAAAAUCUGGUGGGAAUGGCGUGGGAACUGGUGGGAAUGGGAAAAUCCGGGGGGAAUGGUGUGGGGAUGGGAAAAUCCGGUGGGAAUGGCAUGGGAAUGGGAAAAUCUGGAGGGAAUGGCAUGGGAACUGGUGGGAAUGGCACGGGAAUGGGAAAAUCUGGUGGGAAUGGCCUGGGAAUGGGAAAAUCCAGUGGGAAUGGCACGGGAAUGGGAAAAUCUGUUGGGAACGGCGUGGGGAUGGGAAAAUCCGGGGAGAAUGGCACGGGAAUUUGGUGUGAAUUGAAUGGAAGCGGGUGAAGCUAUCGGGAACUCACUGGGAACAGGCGGCUCCGCUGGGAACGCCGUGGAACCGGGCGGAUCCGCCGGGAAUUCGGAGGACGUCCCCUCUUCCCACAUCUGCGGGUCGUGCGGGCAGCCCUUCGACGACAUGGACGCCCUCCGGGAACACUGUCGGCGUCACCGCGCCGAGCAACAGGCGCCGGCGGUGGUGCCGCCGGAGCGUCGGCCGUACGCCUGUAGCGUGUGUGGCAAGACGUACCGGCACGGCGGUAGUUUGGUGAACCACCGGCAGACGCACCAGACGGGUGUUUUCCCGUGCAUGGUGUGCGCGCGGUGUUACCCCAACAUGGCCGCGUACCGCAACCACCUCCGCAACCACCCGCGGUGUAAGGCCGGGCUGCCGGCGUCACCGUCGCCCAUCGGUUUCUUGGAGGAGGAGGAGGAGGAAGGGCGAAGGCGGCAGCAGUUGGGGACGCGGCAACAGUCGGCCACGCGGCAACAGUCGGCGACGUGGCAGCAGUCGGCGACGCGGCAACAGUCGGCCACGCGGCAACAGUCGGCCACGCGGCCGUUCCGGUGCGAGGAAUGCGGUCGGAGCUACAAGCACGCUGGGAGUUUGGUGAACCACCGGCACAGCCACACCACCGGGCUGUUCCGGUGCUCCGCCUGUCACAAGGCCUUCUACAACCUGAUGGCGCUGAAGAACCAUCGGAGGACUCACGCCGAGCGACGGUGCGGGCUCUGCCCCAAAACGCUUCGGCUCCGGCAACAGCUGGUGGGGCACCAGAACCAACAGCCGGACGGGUCCGGUGGGGUACAGGCGGAGGAGGAGGUGUUAGAGCACGGGGAAGGGGUGGGGGUGGUGUUGGAGGACUCUUCGGUGCCACCAAAAGCGGGAGAGGAGCUUCUACAGCAACGCCACAACGCAGUGGAGGACUCGCUGACCUCACCAGCACCUUCACGAGAAGAAGAGAGGCUUCCAGCGCACUCAGAUGUGAUGGAGGCGGUACUGGAGGACUCAUCAGCGUCCUUAAAGGUGAAGGAUGAGGCUCCAGAACACCUCAACGCGAUGGAAACGGCGUUGGAAGACUCGGUACCGUUAAAGGUGAAGGAUGAGGUUCCGGAACACCUCAGUGUGAUGGAGGUGGUGUUGGAGGACUCGUCAGUACUGUUAAAGGUGAAGGAUGAGGCUCCAGAACACCUCAACGUGAUGGGAACGGUGUUGGAAGACUCCUUAGCACCACCACCAGCGUUAAAGCUGGAAGAGGAACCUCUGCAGCACCUCAGCACGAUGGAAACGAUGUUGGAGGAGUCAUCAACGCCAUUAAAAGUGAAGAAUGAGGUUCCGGAACACUUCGACGUGAUGGAAGCGGUGUUGGAGGACUCCUUAGCACCACCAACAGUGUUAAAAAUGGAGGACGGUGCUCUACAGCAACACCUCGAUGGAACGGAGAUGUUGUUGGAGGACUCAUCGGCACCGUCAGCACCAUUCAAGGUGAAGGAGGAGCCUCUACAACAACAACACGCGGUGGAGACAGCGUCGGAGAACUCAUUGACACCAUUAAAGGUGAAGAAUGAGGAUCAGGAACAGCUCGACGUGAUGGAAACGGUGUUGGAAGACUCUUUAGCACCAUCAACAGCGGUGAAAUUGGAGGAGCCUCUACAACACCUUAGCACAAUGGAAACAGCGUUGGGGGACUCAUCAACACAAUUAAAGGUGAAGGAUGAGGGUCCAGAACACCUCAACACAAUGGGAAUGGUGUUGGAGGACCCAAGAAUGUUAAGAGUGAAAGAGGAGCCUUUACAACACCUCGAAAUGGUGGAAACGGUGUUGGAGGACUCAUCAACAGCGUUAAGAGUGAAAGAGGAGCCUCUGCAACACCUCGACAUGAUGGAAACGGUGUUGGAGGACUCAUCAAGGGCGUUAAGAGUGAAAGAGGAGCCUCUCCAACACCUCAACGUGAUGGAAACGGUGUUGGAGGACUCAUCAAGAGCAUUAAGAGUGAAAGAGGAGCCUUUACAGCACCCCAAGGCAAUGGAAACGGUGUUGGAGGACUCGUCAACAGCGUUAAGAGUGAAAGAGGAGCCUCUACAACACCUCAACAUGAUGGAAAUGGUGUUGGAGGACUCAUCCACAGCGUUAAGAGUGAAAGAGGAGCCUUUACAACACCCCAAGGCGACGGAAACGGUGUUGGAGCACUCAUCAAGAGCGUUAAGAGUGAAAGAGGAGCCUCUACAAGACCUCAACACAAUGGAAACGGUGUUGGAGGACUCACCGACACCACCGACGCCGCUACAGGUGCCAGAGAUGCGUACCGGCCGCCUCAACGCCCCGGUGACGGUGUUGCAUUCCACCUUGUCACCCCAAACAGCGUUACCGGCUACGGGAUCGUCCCCAAUACACCCGGCCGUGCGGGAAACGGCGUUCGUGUCACCCGAAAACGCGCUCCGGGUGUCUUCGGGACACCUCAACGCUACGGUGACGGUGUUGGAGUCGUCCAGCGCGCCGUCGCCCGUGGUAGCCAUGAGCGCCUGUAGGACAGCCAAGCUCCCCGCUACGCCCCGCGGUGCUGUCACCCCCCGCACCGGGUGUCACCCGCUACAGUCGGCCGCGGAGCAGCGCCGGGGUUCCAUCCGUCACCGUUUCGCGUCCCACCAACACCGUUACCACCAGGGCGAUGGGUGACGGUGUUGCCCCUGGGGGCGAGGAGCCCGUUUUCUCCUUCUCCCCCCUCGUUGCCAUUAAAUUUGGGGUAUUUUGGAGCGUU